CCUCAUGUGACUGGGAUUUUCUUCUUCUUCUUGCUUUCUAACUUUGGGGUUUACACUCUGCCUAGGCUCAGGAGCUCGCUUCCCCUCACACCAGGCUUCACCUUUAGAAUGAGAUGGCUCAGAGCCAGGCGGCCUCCUUAUCUCUGCCAGGAGCACAGAUGGUUGAAAUUACUCAGGUGCCCAUGUCUGGGCCAUUGUGUUUUCUAAGGUGCCUCCUCCAUGCCUGGGGUCAUGUGAGCAAUACCUGUGAGUGAAUCCCUGGAGGGAAUGGAUUUCCCAAGAGAUUGCAGGUGGGAGUCAGCAGAAAGGGAGGAGAUCCAUAAGGUGGAAUCUGGGUGCCAAACAUCUCCAUCCCUCAACAUGGAGAUAUUUUUCGGAGCUGCCUUGGAGCAGGGAUUAAAGAUAGAAAAGGAAGAUUCGGAUGGCUGGGAAGCAGGAAAAGGCCCUGAGACCAGCCAGGCAGGGAGCAGCAGGGAGUUCUGGGAAAGAGCUGAGCAGAAGAUGCUGGGAGUUGAAGAGGACGCCACCAGCCCAGAUGUGCAGCAUCAAAGGUUCAGGCAGUUCUGCUACUGGGAGGCCAAGGGGCCCCGAGAGGUUUGCAGCCAACUCCACAGGCUUUGCUGCCGGUGGCUGAAGCCAGAAAGGCACACCAAGAAGCAGAUCGUAGACCUGGUGGUGCUGGAGCAGUUCCUGACCAUCCUGCCCGCGGAGAUGGAGAGCUGGGUCAGGGGAUGCGGAGCGGAGACCACUUCCCAGGCGGUGGCUCUGGCUGAAGGUUUCCUCCUGAGCCGGGCAGAGGAGCAGAAGCCGGAAGAGCAGCAGAUGCAAGACCUGCUGUCAGAAGCAGCCCUUGAUUUCCCUGAGGCUCCAUCAGACACCAGUCAGAGGCUGCCGUCCAGCAGGAUCUCACAAGAGGGCGAUGGAGGUAUGGCCUUACUAGGUGCUGGAAGGAUAGGGCCCAGGAAUCCUCAGCCAUCUCUCCUUUCCAGUGGAGCGGAAGAAGCUUCAGGAGGACCGGAUCAGGUGACCUUUGAGGAUGUGGCCAUGCAUUUCACGGAGGAGGAAUGGGCGCUGCUGGAUCCAGCCCAAAGAGCCCUGCACGGAGAAGUCAUGGAGGAGAAUGCUGCAAAUCUGGCCUCUGUGGAAGGCGACAGUUGGAAGAAUGAGGGAAAACCCAGCGGAGAAAUCUUGGGAGGUGCAAGAAGGAAAAAGAAGGAACAACAGAACCGAAAAAUGGCGGCAAAGUGGAAGAGCAGGAAUGGAUCAUCCCCUUCUCAUCAUGGAAUCAAACAAAUAGUGCAGAGAGAAAAAGAGCAAAUCCUCUCCCCUCCACGUAGGAAAAGUUUCAAUUCAGAACCAACCUCUCAACCUCAGUGGGAAAUGCAGACAGGGGAGAAACCAUACAAAUGCUUGGAGUGUGGAAAGAGCUUCAGCACGAGUGGAAACUUUAUCUUACAUCACAGAAUCCACACUGGAGAGGAACCCUCUGAAUGUGUGGAGUUUGGAAAGAGCUUCAGCACAAGUGGAAACCUUACCUUACACCACAGUACCCAGACCGGGGAGAAACCUCAUAAAUGCAUGGCAUGUGGAAAAAGCUGCAGCCAGAGUGGACAUCUUUCUAUACACUAUAAAAUCCAAACUGGGGUGAAACCACAUAAAUGCUUGCAGUGUGGAAAGAGCUUCAGCACGAGCGGAGCUCUUAAUAAACAUCAUAGAACCCACACUGGGGAGAAACCACAUAAAUGCUUGGAGUGUGGAAAGAGCUUUAGCACAACUGGAACUCUUACUAUACACCAGAGAAUCCACACUGGUGAGAAACCAUAUAAAUGCUUGGAGUGUGGAAAGAGCUUCAGUGAGAAGGGAGCUCUUACUUUACACCAAAGAACCCACACUGGUGAGAAACCACAUAAAUGUUUGGAGUGUGGAAAGAGCUUUAUCCGGAGUGGACACCUUACUGUACACCAGAGAAUCCACACUGGGGUGAAACCGCAUAAAUGUUUGGAGUGUGGAAAGAGCUUCAGCACGAGGGGAAAUCUUACUAUGCAUCAUAGAACCCACACUGGGGAGAGACCACAUGAAUGCUUGGAGUGUGGAAAGAGCUUCAGCAUGAGUUCAGCUCUUACUAGGCAUCGUAGGACCCACACUGGAGAGAAACCAUAUAAAUGCUUGGAGUGUGGCAAGAGCUUCCGCCAGAGUGGACAGCUUGCUAUACAUUCUAGAACACACACUGGGGAGAAACCAUAUAAAUGCUUGGAAUGUGGAAAGAGCUUCACCAUGAGGGCAGAACUUACUGCACACCAUAGAACCCACACUGGGGAGAAACCAUAUAAUUGCUUGGACUGUGGAAAAAGCUUCAGCCAGAGUGGACAUCUUAUUACACACCAUAGAACCCACACUGGGGAGAAACCAUAUAAAUGUUUAGUGUGUGGAAAAAGCUUCAGCCGGAACGGACAUCUUACUAGACACCACAGUAUCCACACUGGGGAGAAACCACAUAAAUGCUUGGAGUGUGGAAAAAGCUUCAGCCAGAGUGGACAGCUUAAUGAACACCGUAGAACUCACACUGGGGAGAAACCAUAUCAAUGCUUGGACUGUGGAAAGAGAUUCAGCCAGAGUGGAGAACUUACUAGACACCAUAGAAGGCACACUGGGGAGAAACCACAUAAAUGCUUGGAAUGUGGAAAGAGCUUCAUCCAGAGUGGAGAACUUACUAGACACCGUAGAACACACACAGGGGAGAAACGCUUGGAGUGUGGAAAGAGCUUCAGCAGGAGUGGACAUCUUACUAUACAUAGAACCCACAUUGGGGAGAAACCAUUUCAAUGUUCCGAGUGCGGAAAGAGCUUCAGUGGGAGUGGACAACUUACUAGACACCAGAGAAUCCACACUGGGGAGAAACCAUAUGAAUGCCUGGAGUGUGGAAGGAGCUUCAGCCAGAGUGGUGAUCUUACUAUACACCAUAGAACCCACACGGGGGAGAAACCACAUAAAUGCUUGGAGUGUGGAAAGUGCUUCAGCCAGAGUGGAAAUCUUAACAAACACCAUAGAAUACACACUGAGGAGAAACCAUAUAAGGGCUUGGUGUGACGAAAGAGCUUCAGUCGGAAUGGACAUCUUACGAUACACCAUAGCACCCACAAUGGGGAGCAACCACAUGAAUGCUUGAAGUGUGACAAGAAUUUCAGGAGCAAGUCAAACCUUACCACAGAUGCACACAGUCAUACAGGGUAACAAUCAUACACAUGAAACUGCAGAUAAACCUGAGAAUCUUUCUCACUCUGUGAAAUAUAAAACCUUGUGAAAUUACUUCUGAUUUGACUUACUUUUACUCUUGUUACCUUCUGAGGGAUUUGGUACCCAAUAUUGUGUUUCUGGUUCUGAAUUAUGAAGAAGAGUACCUAAUUGGUUCCAACUGAUUCACGAAUAUUAGUGUUUCACAGCAAGCACUUUCUGUUCAUUGAUUCUGAAUACAGUUCUGUGUUGGUUCUGUGUAGACAAUACUGAGCUGGAUGGAUCAAUGUUGUGUCUAAGUUUGGGAGCUUCAUGUGUUCAUCCGGAACACCCAUACCUACUGGGUCACUACUACAAAUAUUUAUAUACUGCUCUUCAACCAAAGUUCUCACAGAGGUUUGCAUAGAAAAAUAAUACAUAAGUAAGAUGGUUAGGUUCCUGUUGCAAUAUUCUAUUAUCUUCUCUGUCACUUAUCAAAAUUGGAUAAUUCUUGGGGAAUAGUGCUAGUAGAUUCCCUUAGUAGAUUCCCUUUGUGAUCUGGAAUAACUGGAUCACAAACAGAACAAAAGCCGUCGGCCACGUGCACCAGCCACUUCCGGUUUGACACACACUGGAGCGGCAAGAGGGUAUACAACUGCCCUGUGGUACCAGUUUUCGAAGCUGCCUGGGGAGGCUCAACUGGCUAUCGCUGGUUCCAGGCACAUCUCUAACACCUAAUCCUUCUAAAUGGUCUUUCUAAUCAAGAUGGGUGGUAUAAUUAGACGUGGCCUAGCAAAACGUAACAACUAUCUCAAAGCAUCCUCUUGAGAGGGAAGAACCAGAGGCACUCUUGCCCCUGGACUUCCGGGCCGAAUUUCAAGGUCUCCACACCCCCUGGGUGCCCCCAAAUCCUCUGUAGUUUCUCCCGGGUGCUGGGUGACCAAGUGUGACCUCUGCUUUAGAGACAGAGAUGGGAGUGGGGAAUGAAAUAUGUAGAAUGGGGAUGUAUUAACUUGUGUGUUGAAAUGUUUCUGCUAAUGCAUAUUUUAAUAAAUAUACCUGUUUUAUAUUCUUACAUUUGGAUCACUGAUUAGAUUUUAGAAAAUCUCUAUUUUUCCCUUUUUGACCUGUUAUGGGUCAAAAAGGGUCAACCCCUGCUAACUCGGCAAAGAGGCACCUUUUAACGUGGUGAUUCUCUUAAUUUAGCAGGGGGAGAUUAACUGGCCCUAUCCACCCCCAGCAGAGUACCUCCAGUGACUGUUGGUGGUCUCUGUCUUAUGUUUCUUUUUAGAUUGUGAGCCCUUUGGGGACAGAGAUCCAGGGGUGUAACUAGGGAAAAUGGUGCCUAGGGCAAGCACUGAAAUUGUGCCCUGUCAGCAGCCAAUGGGAGAGCGCCCGGUCAGCAGCCAUUGAAAGGGUGCUGGGACUCAGAUCGGUCACUUUUGUGCCCCCAUGGAUUGUGCUCCCCGAAAAUGGUGCCUAGGGCAAGCACUGAAAGGCGCCCGGUCAGCAGCCAUUGAGAGGGUGCUCGGACUCAGAUCAGUCACUUUUGUGCCUGCAUGGAUGGAGGGGUGUGGGCGGGCCAGCCACAGCAGUGGCAGCGGUGAGCAGGAGUGGGGGGGAGGUUAAAUUUUUUUUAAAAAUAUUAAUUGUGGUGGUUGGGGGUGGGGUGCGUAGCAGGCACUUUGCGCCCCCCUGCAAUGGCACCCAGGGCACUUGCCCUGCCUGCCCAACCCUCGUUACGCCCCUGCAGAGAUCCAUCUUAUUUAUUUAUUAUUUCUCUCUGGAAACCUCUUUGGAAACCUUUCUUGAAAAGUGGUAUAUAAAUAUUUGUUGUUGUUGUUAUGAUUUUCUAACUUGUGUAUUCCUUUCUUGAAAAAAAAUCUUGUCUAUAGCGUUGGGCUAGCUGUUGCCUUUGAUUUCUUCUUUUUAAUGUUUCCCUGGCUCUAAGCAGGGGUGUAGCAAGGUUGGAGUGGGCCCAGAGACAAGAUUUGCAAAUGUCCCAUUGCCCCCCACCCCCACUGAAGCUCAGCAAAUGAAGUAAAGAAAUCUUAAAUGAGGCUGAAUAGUGGUAACAAAAAGCAUUGUGUGUGUUUGUGUAUACACACACACACACACCCCUAUGUACCACAAUAGAACAUCAUCCUAAACUAUGUUUUAAAAGGUUUUGUAAAUUGUGGAUGAUUCAAGUCAUUUAAUGGCACUUAAGAAAGACAUGCUGUUCUGAUAGCUCCAGGUCUUAACACUCACAUCAUUUUUGUAGGAUGAAUCCAACUGAAGGAAGCCCGGGUGGGUGCGCAGCUGGGGGGGGGUCAGUCUUGUGACUUGCCUCUAGGGGGGGGGGGCCAAGGCAGUGGGUCCCCAGACAUCUGUCUUCCCUUGCCCUAUUAUAGUUACGCCCCUGGCUCUAAGCUUUAAGCUCUCUAAUUUGAUGGUUUUUCAUUUGAUUUUCAUUGAAUCUCCUCUAUUUUUGAGUUCUCUCCUGUUGUGUUGAGGAGACUGAUUUGCAGAUUGAAUCAACAUAUUUGGUGAGAUGCCUACUGAAUUCUUUAAUAGGUUUAGACCAGGAUUUCUUCACCUUGGGCCCCCAGAUGUUGAUGGACUACAAUUCCCAUCAUCCUCACCUUGGGCCCCCAGAUGUUGUUGGACUACAACUCCCAUCAUCCUCAGCCACAAAGGCCAUGUCUGGGGAUGAUGAGAGAUGUAGUCCAACAACAUUUGAGGGCCCAAGGUUACGAAACCCUGGUUUCGACUAUUAAGAUUAGCUACUCCCGUUUGUUUUUUGUUUGUAACAUGUUAAUUAAUAAAAUGUUAAUUUGA